AUGGCCGAAAGGUGGUCUGUGCAGACGGCCCUGGAAUUGAUUUCGAAAGAGAGAGAAAUUUUUGAUGAUGAUGUAGAGGGAGAGGAUUCGGAGGAAGAGGUUUUAGAAUUUGAACAUUACAUUGCUGAAUAUUCAGAGUCUGAUAGUGACUCUGAAGAAAAUGAUGAGGUUGAGCAUCAGCCAGUUCCAAAACGAAAACGAGCCACAGGUCCAGGCCAGCCCAGCUCCAGAACAAGACAGUUAGCAUGUAGGAAGCGAGGAAAUAUAGAUGUCAAAGAAUUUCAAAAUAAAAUGGUCUUCUCGCCCAAGAAAAGAGCCACACCGCAAGGCUACCCAUGUGAUAAGCAUGCAACCAGGGUCAGCACGGAUGGUAAUUACCAACACACAAGACAUCAAAUCUUCCUUUGUGCUUUUCAUGCCAGAUUCUAUCCAGAAAAUUGUUCUUGA